CUCAAAUUGAAAAUUCCAACCCUUAAUUUGAAAAUUGUGUGUCACAAAACCAUCGAAGGCGAAAUAUAUGGCUAAAGCAAAGCAUCAAAAGCCCAAACCCAGUAAACAGACCCACAGCAAAAAGCGAGGAGUGAAGCAGCUUGAUGAUUUAGGUUUGAAGAUAAUUCAGGUCACUGCAGAUGGUAAUUGCCUUUUCAGGGCAUUGGGUGAUCAAUUGAAAGGUGAUGAGGAUCAGCAUCAGAAGUAUCGUGGCAUGGUGGUGAGAUUUAUCAAGGACAACCGCGAAACGUUUGAGCCUUUUGUGGAAGAUGAGGUUCCAUUUGACAACUACUGCCAAUCCAUGGGAGAGGAUGGUACUUGGGCAGGGCACAUCGAACUGCAAGCAGCUUCGCUUGUUACUCACAGGAACAUAUGCAUUCACAGAAAUAUGUCUCCGCGGUGGUACAUACAGAAUUUUGACAAACAUGAAGCUCCGAUGAUUCAUCUGUGGUACCAUGAUGGAAAACAUUAUAAUAGUGUCCGCUCAAAGGAAGACACAUGCUCUGGACCAGCUAGGCCGAUUGUUAUAAAGGGUGAUGCUGAUCUUUCAGCAAAAUCCAAUCAACCAAAGGCAGCUGCCAGGAAGUCCAGAAAGGAAUGUCGAAGGAAUGCUUUAUGUGAAGACUCUAUCAAAAUGGUGAUGGCCAGAAGUGGAUGUGAAGAUAUUAGAAAAGUUGACCAGGCUCUACAACAAGUGGGUGGGGAUGUUGAUGCCGCGAUAGAAGUCCUUGUGGCUGAAGAAGGAUCUUCAGAUCAUAUAGCUGUUGAGGCCGAAUCUUCUCCGUUAACUGAAAGCUUUACGGGGAAUGGUUCUCCAGACGAACACUAUGCAGAGAACAAAGAUCAACAUAUGCUACUGGUUCAAAGCACAACAAUCGAAUUGGAAUUAUCUGGAAGUGACGCAGAGACAAAUAACACAAAAGAUCCACAACUUGAUGAAAAGAAAAUCCCGAGGAACAAGGCUUGCCCAUGUGGCUCAAAAAAGAAGUUCAAGGCUUGCUGCGGUACAGUUGCUGGGAGAUCAUCCGCUAGUUUUCCAGUUAACCAAACAGUUGACUAUGGUAAGAGCCGGAAGGACAGAAAGCAAGGUAGAAAAGGUGGCACGAUCCUUCCAAAUUUGGUCCAUUCUGAUGGAGGGCCGCUUGACAUGGGUGCACUAUGCAUUUAACCACACCUCCAGGCCAUUUUUGCAGCUAAUUUGAUGAAUUGAGGAGGAAUUGCUUUAUCAUAUCCCCGCAGAGGCAGAGGCACAUAAACGGCUCAUACUUCAGAGUUUUGAUGGAUAGAAACUUAGAAUAGUGAAAAACUUGGGAGUUUGUGACCAUUUUAGAAUAGUGAUGAACUUAUAAGGUUUGUCACUUAUGUAUAGUCUGUCCUUUAAAAUGGAAUUACAAUUUUAAUUUAUUUCGAUUUUUUAAUGUGUUA